AUGGAUCAAAAUGCAAGAGAUAUAGAAUUAAGAGAACAAGAUCGAUGGUUACCUAUAGCAAAUGUUGCAAGAUUAAUGAAAAAUACAUUACCACCAACAGCAAAAGUUUCAAAAGAUGCUAAAGAAUGUAUGCAAGAAUGUGUUUCUGAAUUUAUAUCAUUUAUAACAAGUGAAGCAAGUGAUAGAUGUUUAAGAGAAAAAAGAAAAACUAUAAAUGGUGAAGAUAUUUUAUAUUCAAUGUAUGAUUUAGGUUUUGAAAAUUAUGCUGAAGUUUUAAAAAUUUAUUUAGCAAAAUAUAGAGAACAACAAAGUUUAAGACAAGAAAGAGGAGAAAUUAAAUUAACUAAAAAACAAAUGAAAUUACAAGCUCAAUUAGCUGCUGAAGCUGAAGCUGAAGCACGAGCUCAAGCUCAAGCUCAAGCAGAAGCAGAAGCACAAGCUCAAAAUCAAGGAGAAGUUGAAGGAGUGAUUGAAGGAGAGGUUGAAGCGGAAGCGGAAGAUGAAAAUGAAAUUGAAAUUGAAAAUGAAAAUCAACUAGAUAUUCAAGAUCAAAUACAAAAUCAAGAUCAAAAUGAAAAUGAAAAUAAUUUUGAUUCGUCGGUGAAAAUAGAAGAGGAAGGAUUGGAAGAAGAACUAAUAUGA